AUGGGGAAGGAUAAUGAAGGUGUGUGUUUAGACAAGCAGAGUGAUUUUUCUGGUACUGCUCCAGUGAGCUCUCAGACCAUGCUGCUCCUUGGACCAGAGGGAAACUACAACUAUUAUGUAGAUGAUGAAGAAGAGGAAGAAGAAGAAAAAGACCACGGAAAAUGGCCAACAGAGGACCCGUUUGAAGGAGAAAACAAGCUCUCAUCAUCCAUUCCUUUCUCCCCAACCUUUUCCUCUGGGGCCCCAGCCAGGCCUUCCACUUCAUCCGUGCUGAACAUUAACGUUGGUGGCCAGAGCUACCGUCUCACCUACCAGGCAGUGGCCACCUAUCCCAAGACCCGCCUGGGCCGCCUGGCCACUUCCACAGACCGUCGCUGCCAGCUGGGCCUGUGUGAUGACUACGCCGCCCAGGUGGAUGAGUACUUCUUCGACCGAGACCCAGCUGUCUUUCAGCUGGUGUACAACUUCUAUGCUUCAGGGGUGCUCCGUGUGCGGGAUGAGCUGUGCCCACGCAGCUUCCUGGAGGAGCUGAGCUACUGGGGCGUACGGCUCAAAUACACACCCCGCUGCUGCCGCAUCUGCUUCGAGGAGCGUCGCGACGAGCUAAGCGAACAGCUGAAAGUCCAGCGUGAGCUGCGCUCCCAGGCAGAGGCUCAGGAGAAUGAGCAGCUCUUCCACCACAUGCGCUACUAUGGGCCCCAGCGCUGGCGCCUCUGGAACCUCAUGGAGAAGCCCUUCUCCUCAGUCACUGCCAAAGUGAUGGCAGUGGCCUCCAGCUUCUUUGUGCUAAUCUCUGUGGUGGCUCUGGCGCUCAAUACAGUGGAGGAGAUGCAGCAGGUAGACAAGAAGAGUGGAGAGAGUCGGCCUGUCCUGGAGCACAUUGAGACUCUGUGCAUCGUGUUCUUCACGCUGGAGUACUUGCUGCGCUUGGUCUCCACACCAGAUCUGCGUCGUUUUGCCAGCAGCGCCCUCAAUGCUGUAGACCUCAUUGCCAUCCUGCCCCUCUACCUGCAACUGUUGCUCGAAUGCUUCACUGAUGAUGACCAGCCCCGAGGUCGGGGCUCUCAGCAUGAGUAUGAUAUUGAGAAGGUGGGACGGGUGGGCAAAGUGGGACAAGUACUUCGUAUCAUGCGUCUCAUGCGCAUCUUCCGCAUCCUCAAGCUGGCCCGCCACUCCACAGGGCUGCGUGCCUUUGGCUUUACCUUGCGUCAGUGCUACCAGCAGGUGGGCUGCCUUUUGCUCUUCAUUGCCAUGGGCAUCUUCGCCUUCUCUGCCAUGGUCUACACAGUGGAGCAUGAUGUAUCCAGUACCAACUUCACCAGCAUCCCUCAUGCUUGGUGGUGGGCUGCCGUCAGCAUCUCCACUGUGGGAUAUGGAGACAUGUGUCCAGAAACUCACCUCGGCCGCCUGUUUGCAUUCCUGUGCAUUGCUUUCGGGAUAAUCCUGAACGGCAUGCCCAUCUCUAUCCUCUACAACAAGUUCUCAGACUAUUACAGCAAACUGAAAGCCUACGAGUACACUGCUCUCAAGAAAGAGAGGGGGAAGGUGGACUUCACACGGAGAGCCAUGAAGAAAAUCUCUGAAUGCUGCGGAGAAGGUGGAGCUCGCUCCUUGCCACAACACGGAUAGGAGCAGAGCUUUGGAUGUGAGGCUGAAACAGAGAAGUUGGAGGAAAAGAAAUGAAUCAGCAAAGCUAACUAAAGAAGAACUGAAAAGGCUGAAAGUAACAAAAAGUAGGCAGUGAAAUAUGCCUGCAAGGAAGCUGUAUUUGAAAGAAAAAAAAGGCUCAGAUUAAAAUAGCUUUUUUUUUUUUUUAAUUGGCAAAAUUACGUUCAUGAGCUCAUGCGCUUGUGAGAUAUCUAAAUGAUGUUCUUCAGACGUACAACCCAGAAACUCUAAAUUAGACCCACAAGAAGAUGGGACGCCUGCAACUGGCCAGACCCUUGCUGAAAACAAAUCAGACCAAAGAGAGAAAAACCCAACAAAUACGCUGUAAUUAAGGGUUGGCCACUUCUCUGCUGCCAGGGCAGUCUUAAAAAUUAAAUUUCUUAUAGAAUACUCACUACAUUGACUGCAUCGCAGAAAUCAGUUUUGCAUCAGUUUUCAAAAUAAGGAAAACAGCCUAGGAUGCUUUUUUUAAUAUUAGCAGCAUCUGUACUCCUUAAGCUUUCAGUUUCCACUUGCACUGAUAGCUUGGCUAUCAGUGUCCCAAUUGUAUUUUCCAAAUGUAGCACUGCAAGCGACUCCUAUUUUCACACCUAGGUGAGCAACAUGCUGGUUUUACUAUUUCUCCCUCUACCACCUCUGUAAUCAUUUUCUAUUAUGUCAAGAAUUAGUGGGGAUAUCUGGAGUAUGAGCUGAUAAAUGUCAUCAGUUUUGCAGAUACUUCCAAGCCAAAAGCUUCUCUAGGUGUAGGAUUAGGUGAUAAACUACUUUAUUCUACAGCAUCUAAUAUAUUUGUUUAUUGAAUUGUUAAAAUAAGAAUAGGCCUGUCAGAGAACAUAAAUGAUAGAGAAAUAUUCUGUAAAAAUCUCUAAUGAAAUGUGUAAUAGAUAAUAUCUCAUAAAGACUUUUCAUGCAAAGGAUCUUAUCAGCACUUAACUGUAGCCAAAUUUAAACAUCAUUUAAAGACAAGGUACACACAGCCAUUAUUAGGACACACGUCUGACACGUUGGUUCACCUCCAGGGGCUCCAUACUUCUUUUGAGUACUGAGACUUCUCACAUGGCUGGACUUCUGCACGUAUCAGAAUCUCAUCCCUAGAACUAAAUAACAAAUAGCAACAAGAAGAAUGUUGAACAGGAUCAGCAUUUCAUGCAUUAGGUGGCUGCAUAUCAGGAAUAUUCUUUCUACAUAAGAGCAGCUCUAGCAGUUAAAUAUCAGGAAUCUGAACAAUACAUCUGAAAGUUAUUUAAUUGAUACUCAGAUUCACAUAGAGUAAACACAGUAAUAAAAAGAAGCAAUGGAAAUGACUGCUGCUCAGCAGCACAACACAACACUCUUGCUGUGAAACAGCCUGACAACUGAGGUGCAUUUUAUAUUUCUGAACACCCAUGAUGUUUCUGUGCUGCCCUGUUGAAUGUAAAUAGCCAUAUUCAAAGCUCACUCCUUAGACAGCUGAGGUUAAAAAAGUUCAUUAAUUUUGUCACGUCCAUGCACAGUGUGUCAAGCACAGGGCCAUUCUUCCUUUCAGUGAUGAGAAGGUAAUUAGUAACCAAGUUGCCCUUCUCAUUCUCUAUCUCCAGACAAAAGUAUUAUAAGCCCAUCUGUCAUUUCAUUCUGUAGGAAUGGCAGUCAGCACACUGUGCACUGAUCAGCUGUUAAAAACUAAACCAUGACUUUAAGGCACAGCUUGAGUUGAAUGCAAUAGAUACUUGCUGUUGUGGAUGGCACACACUGCAGCAGACACAAUCCUGGCACUCACUGAGAAGAAGCAGCUGAUUUACUUUUUGGCUGUAAGGUAGCAUGAAUUUACAUUGUCCUUCGGGAAGCAACAUCAGAACCAGGAGCAUCCUGAAACCAAAGGAAGUCACUCUCUCAGACCCUCACUGCAGUUCAGUGAGGUGGUAGCAGGUAAGUAAAAGAGAGAAAGAAUAACUGCGCUGCAUUUAUAAUAUGCAGCUUGGUCCAUUAGCUUACAUUCAUUCAGUUAGAUCCAUUUAAAGAUUUAAAUGUUGAUGACCACCCAACAUUCCAGUAUAUGGAACACCCUAAUUUCUCUGUCUGAAGAAGCUUGCAUGUACCACACAGAUGAGAUGUUCAUGCAUGAAGCUCAGCAGGUUCUUGCCACAUCGAGAAAUCCAGAACAUGAGCACCUCUUCUGCUGAGGUUGGUCCUCCUUAUGGCCGCAGACUCCAGAUAGACUGUCAGCCCCAUUUUCCACCCACCUGUUUUACAUGCAGGACAUGUUCAAGUAGACAAGUACCGGAAUAAACUUUCCACACAAAACAUGAGCAGGAAAAAAAGGACAGUUUUCUCUUUUAAUUAAGAGUUACAACUGAAUGUCUUCAAUAAGUGCUUUCUUACCAGUUCAGUAUGAUUUUUACACACACGUCCCAUACUUCUGUUCUAACUGUUCAAAUAUAGCUUGGAGGGUCUCUCCCACCUCUGUAGCUGAAUCUGUUCUACACAGUGACCCACUACUGACAGAGCAGAAAAGUCUGUACAGCUUAAGGUUUGCAGCACUUCGCAGGCAGAGGGGUGUGUGUCACAGACUUUUAAUCAAAAAAGACCUACAAAAGCACUGACUAGGCAGCAGAAUAUCCCCAAACACUCACUCUUCGUUGACAGAAGAAUACAGACAGACAAUACAGUCUGUUGGGCCUCAAAAGCCAGUCAGUCUGCACAUACUGCAGCUACAUGAAGGCAGGACUCACAAUGCCCUGUGGGAUAAUGGUUACAGACCAAAAUAUUUUCAGACAUGGAGGAAACUAAUUUCUUAUUCUUCAGAAGACAAUAUUGCCAAAUCCUACCUAACUACUCUGAAUAUUAAAGCUACCUUAGCACUAACACCCACUGCACACUCUUCUUUCCCAGUACACUUACUCACUCCUCUCUCCGAAACCCAAUCCUAUCUUGCUAAUGGCAGCUUUGGUGCCUUUGUGAUUCCUCUGUCAAUUCAUUUAAAACACAGAUGUGACUAUCUAGGGGAGGAUUAGAAUUUUGAUUGGUUUUGUAAUAAUCUGAUGCUAGCCCUGUUGUAAGCAGCAGAGAAACAGGUUCUUGUUGGAGUAAUGCAUUUUCCAGCAAACCAGAAAUUAGUGUUUUGAGUUUUCUUUACCAACUCAUUGUUUCAUUUUCCAGACUAUCUCCUGCAGCUUUCUGCCUUGUGGCUUGCCACAUUUUAUUGCAGGGGUGAUGAGUUUAAGUCCAUGUAUUCCAAUAGAUUAUGCCUAAAACAGAGGUCCCCCAAUGGCAACCUACUCUGAAUGCCCAAGUUGUGUCAGUACCAGAAAUUUCUGUAGAGGAAUGGUAUGUCUCUCCCACCUGUCAAAUUCCUGCCUGAGGCUCUUACCAUACAAACUGGCUUAGAUGCUCUAGCCAGGUCAGAGGAAGGAAGGAGUUCAUCCUCACACAGAGCAAACUCCUGACCACCCACAGUGGGCUGUGUGUAUCUUUGUCAGCUGAUUUUGAAACUGGACACUGUAUUUUGCCAUUGUGGUGGUGGUGUUGUUGCUGCUGACACAAUGGUUCCUUCUGAGAAAGACCCUAAGUUAAUUUACUCUGCCAUAUCCAGGAAGACUUUAAGUGGCAUCAAAAGUAUGCCCAGAUUACUGCAAAAUGAAACAGCUAAGUGCUACACAAUAAUAAUAAAAAAUAACACAAGGUAGCUUUGAUAAUUUGAUUACUUAAAUGCCAUAGGGCUUUGACAAUCAAAAGAUUUCAGAAUAACCAUUUCAAGGGAAAAUAUGCUUAGACACAACAAAGAUGGGUAAUACCAUUAAAGGUAUACAAUAGGGCUUGUUUUAUGCAAUGUUAAUUUGGUAUAACUAAGGUUUUGGUAAAGCAGGAUGGAGGUUUUUCUCAAGCCACCAAGAAAUUAGAAAUCUUAGAAUGCAGCCAUAUUCAUGUCUUUCAUUUUAAGCAACUACAUAUAUUAAUGAGUCCUAGAAGGAGAAGGAAAAUAUGUUUUGUCAUUAUAUUUCACCUCACACUUAGCAAAUGUUGUCCCUGGUACACAAAGAAACAUACUCUUUAUCUGGAUGGCCUUCAUUUUCAAGCUCAGUGUUGUUGCUUGUUCUACUCAUUUUAGGCCUUCAAAUGAUUGUAGUAAAACAAAAAACAAGCAAAACAAAAAUAAACAAACAAACACCACAGCAGGCAGGGAUGUUGGAAAUCUGGAGAGACUGUCCCUACACGAGACAGUGAAAAUAAUUCCAAUUAGAAUAUGAUUUUGCACAAAUCCAUGUCUCAGAAGAACAUCACUUUUAAAAUGCAAAUCAGCAGCUGUUUGCUUUUCUCAUUCACAAAGAUAGCAAUUAAAGGGGUAGCUAGUGUACAGCUAUAGAUUAAUAUGCAUCUGGUGCUAUUCCCAGGCUUCUAAGGCAAAUGGUAAUAUUUAGUCUAUAAAUACAUAUAAUUUUAAUGAUUGUAAACUAGGUAUAAUUUAAAGUUUCUGGAGAAAAAUAAUGACCAUCAAAAGACCUAGGAGGGAGAACAAGAAUCUGCUUGCUAAAAAGUAGCUUUAACUAUUUAGAGUGUUCCAUUUUUAUGUUGUGUAAAAGUACUUGAUUCAUGCUUAUUGCUAUUGACAAAAUUUCUACUAACUUCUUUAUUCAGUAGUAGAGAAAUUACAAGGCAUUUGACUGUAAUCCAGCUUUUUAUCUUGGAUUUUGAAAUGAAAAGGCCAGAGGUAUUAGCUUUUUAUGUACAUAGGUAAUUUAAUGGAAAUACGCUGAGAAAAAUUAAAAUGUUCUCCAGCUAUUUUCCGAGAUAGAGAUUAUGAAAGUUUUCAAAAUAAAACUCGUCAGAGCUCAUUUCAACACUGUCAAAUGAGUCUGUAUUGUCAUUCUAACUUCUGAGCCCAACUUGAUCCAUUUACAAGCAAAUCAUUUUCCCUAAUUAAAAACGAGAUAAACUACUAACAUCCCUAAGAGUCAGCCUUUCAACAUCACUAGUAACAGUUCAUCGAGCUACCAAAAGCUCAUACAAACUGCUGGUUCUGGCAGAACAGACUGCCUAAAACACUACUGCCUGGCAAAGAGAAGGUGGUCACUGAGAACAACUGUGCUUUUCCAUACCCAUAACAAGAGCCUUGCUCAGUAGGAAACUCUUUUUACUUCCUCACCAAAGCCAACAAAUGAAGGCAAAGGCAGAGAGUGCAGAAACACAGAGCAGGCCACCUGCAACAGCAAGGUCGGACUUUGAAGGGAAAGAGCUCCGUGUGACAAACUGAGCCAGAUCUGCACGCACAUCACCUCAGGCUGCUCCAGACACAACUCCUGAGGUUCUGACUGGCCUGACAUCUAAACUUCUUAACAUCCAAAUAUUUUAUAUGGGUAAGCAAUCAGGAUACAAGCAAGCAAGCAAGCAAACAAAAACCAGAAACAGCAUGUUCUAGAAGUUCAGGCACACUCCCUCAUCACACACAAGCUGCGACGGCUGUUCCGCCGCGAUGGGGGAGAGGGAGGGGUCCUCCCGGGGAGCGCCGUCCCUGUGUGGAAAAUUGUUCGCUGCUGCCGCCCGCAGGCCUGAGGCUGCCAGGGCCCCUGCAUGCACACUGCGCGAGCUUCACCUCACUCAGCUUCAGGCACCGAGCACGCUGAAAGCCUGGGCCUGCACGAAGCACUGCCAACAAGAGCGCCUACAAGAAAGGAGUAAUUUAAUAGCACUGUAAAACUGGUGUUAUUGCCACUCGGGGCUAAAUGGAUCUUCAAUCUAAUGACAGCUCAGCCACUGGUGAUUCAUUUUGCUAAAUUUCAUUUCUAAAAUGAAAUUCUAAAGUUUGAAGUGCUUCCCACAGAGUCUCUGUACAGGAAGGGAACUGAUUCUGGGCAGAUCUAGAGGAUGUAUAGUUAAUAUUCAGUACACCUAUGUCCAAGACAGCUUAAGCAAAAAAAAAGGUAUGAAUAUUUACACCAGAAAAUUAGCCAUUGAUGACAAAGUUCUCUUAACUUCAGGCUGAAUGGAUCAUUUCUGGAGAAAAGGAUCCUCAACGGAUACCUUAUCACUCACUACAACCGCCUGAAAGAAGACUGUGGAGAGGUGGGGAUCAGCCUCUUCAGCCAGGUAACAGUGGUAGGGCAAGAGGAAAUGGCCUCAAGUUGCUUCAGGGGGAGGUUCAUGUUGAGUAUUAGGAAAAAUUUCUUAGGAAGAGUGAUGAGACAUUGGCACAGGCUGCCCAGGGAGAUGGUGGAGUCACUAUCCCUGAAAGUGUUCCAGAAAUGUGUAAAUAUGACACCAAGGGACAUGGCAUAGAGCAGGUCACAGGCAUGGGUUGAUGGUUGGACUAGAUGAUCUUAGUGCUCUUUACAACCUCAGUGAUUCUGUGAUUCUGUUUUACAUCAAUACUGAAGAUUUUAUUAGCAGAAUGACACAUAAACAAUCAAAGAAUUGGUCUCAACCAGUUUUCACUCCACUUUUGGGGGCAUGGUGAAUUUAAAACAAUGCUGAUUUUCUGGGGGCAUUUCCCAUACGAUACAAUGUGUGCUUUGCUUCAUUGCCAUGCUGUGAUGAGACCUGUGUCAUUUUGUACACAGAUUUGUAGAAGAGUUUGACUGUGAAGCUGAGCCAGCCCAGGAGAUUAACAUGAUUCCCUGUGAAGGUAAGGUCUGGUACUGGCUGUUACCAGGCUGCCUGCUGGCCCGCUCAUACAACUCUGCAGCUUAUCUCAUGCUCUGGUGUUAAAGCAUGCAACAUUUGUUUAGUGUUAUCAGAUCAUUACUAGAAAUUAAUUCAGCAGCACCACACACAAGUCUCUAGUGGGUAUGCAAAGUGAUUAGUGGAGUGAAUAACCUGAGAAAUGCCAGAGCCACUAGUGGAGGCAGAAAGAAAAAUCCUUGUGGCUUAUGUUGCAGCAAGCAUGCUGCUGAACUGAAAGUAACAGUUAUCAGAUCAAUUGGCACCUGAGGGGCUGGGAAAGAAGAAAGUCACACAAACCUCUAAGCACCAAGAACCUACUUUGUCUCUUGUCACAAGCUUUCCCUGCUCUUGUGCAGCUGUAAUAGCACCACUGUAAUAGCACCACUGCACUAACACAGAUCCCUUGGCAUUUUUCCUUCUGCACCAGGUGCUUUUCCCCAGUUCCUCCCUCUUUGGAAAUCUGUAAAUGCCUGUUGGUUUAUAGCUUUGGUUUGUUGGUGAGGGAGGCCAUGUCCUCAUGUGCAUGACAGU